AUGAUCGAGAUUGUGAGAUCUCUGAAACAGGAUAAAACCAACAAGAGAAGCCUGAGUCCGCUCCCCGCCAGAGAACUCAGAGACGACGUCGUUCUCGCCACGCUCGUUCUCUCCCGCGAUGACGUGGACAGACUCCGGGAGAGAGUUAAAUCACAAAGUCCAGAUCCGCCGCUUCACUUGUCGGCUUUCGUCAUCGCCUACGCAUACGCGUGGACGUGCUUCGUGAAGGCGCGUGGAGGAGACGGAGAGCGAUCCGUGGGUUUCCUUCUCGUCGGAGAUUUCAGAGAGCGGUUGGAUCCGCCGCUUCCGUCGACAUACUUCGGAAACUGCGUGUUUCCGGAGGGAAGCUACAAUCAGAAGGCGGCGGAUUUCGCGGAGGAGAAAGGAUUCGUGAAUGCGGUUGAGAUCUUAAGCGAUUUGGUGAAAGGUUUGAGUUCGCGAAGGAUAGAGACGAUCGCGAAAGCAUUCAGGGAUGGAUUCGAUUCCCAGGGAGAGAGCUCACAAUUCGGGACGAUAGCCGGGUCGAACCGGUUGGGAGUGUAUGAGUCGGAUUUCGGUUGGGGAAGACCGGUUAAGGUUGAUGUUGUAUCGAUUGACCAAGGACAGGCAAUGUCAAUGGCGGAGAGACGUGACGAAUCAGGUGGCGUUGAGAUCGGAAUGGGCCUGAAGAAGGCAGAAAUGGAUUUGGUCGUUUCAAUACUGUAUCAUAGAAUGUUAAUUCGUAAGCUUUUAAAAUUUGGAAAAUUGUUGUCGGAGAAGUUGUCGGCCAAAGCACCCGAUGGUCCAACAAAAGUCAAGAUUUUGAUGGAAAUUGCUACGGAGCAUAAUGUUGUAUAG